AUGCUCCACGCGGUCGACGUCGACUCCCUCGACGACAUCAGCACCGGCCUGCGGGUUCGUGCCGCGGGCGUCGGAGCGGAUCGGGUAGAUCAAGCGACAUCGAGUGCUUCGAACCAGCGCAUUCCGCCCGGCCGAGAGAGUUUCUACCUCCGUGGUCUCGCAGAAGGCAAGCUGAUCGGUGGUCGCAGCGGACCCGAAGACAAGAUCUACAUCCUACCGCGCGGCGCGAAUCCCACCAACGGAAGCCGACGAGCGAGCAGAUCGAACUGCCCGACAAGCGAAUUGUCACCACCUUCUGCAUCGUCAACGUCCCGUUCCUCGGGCAGCGAAUCAAACCUCCCUUACGUGGCCGCCUACGUGCUUCUCGACGGAGCCGACAUUCCGUUCCUGCACUUGAUCCUCGAAUGUGAUGUCCGCGGACGGCCGCAUGGGCAUGCGCGUCGAAGCCAAGUGGAAGCUUCGCGAAGAGUGAACCUGACGCCGAGUACUCCACCUUCCAACACCACCCGUGAGGCUCCUGAAAUGACUUCUGCAGACAUCGCAGUCGUGGGCUUUGCUCAGGCACCCCACGUCCGCGAAAAACCAACGGCACCACUAAUCGGCGUCGAGAUGCUCGUCCCGUGCUUCCAGCAGCUCUACAGCGAUCUGGGAAUCACCAAGUCCGACAUCGGCUUCUGGUGCUCCGGAUCUUCCGGAUUACCUGGCCGGACGAGCGUUCUCCUUCAUCUCGGCCAUCGACUCCAUCGGAGCGGUCCCGCCGAUCAACGAAUCUCACGUCGAGAUGCAGAUGCUGCGGGCCUUCACGAAGCGUGGAUCAAGAUCUUGACCGGCGAGGUCGAGACCGCAGCUGGUGGGCUAUGGCUUCGGCAAAUCCUCCGCCGGGCACCUGCGCAAGAUCCUGUCCAUGCAGCUCGAUCCGUACCUCGUCACCCGCUG